AUGUCCGCCACUAACCUCCUCAAUGGCGACUCCAGCGCAGUCCACAACAGUAACAAGACCGACGGCCUUACCAAGGUGAACAGCCGCAGCAGCAACCACCCCACGAUUGACGACGCCAGCUCUCUCGACGAUGUGCGCGCCUCGCUCGCGGCGCUGCACAUGCGCGAGGCCGCCAUCACCUCCCGGCUCAAGGCCCUGAUCUCCUCGCAGGCGGACCUGUCGCGGGAGCUCGGCCGCCUCGACGUCCUCCGCGCGAACCUCGGCACCCAGGUGAUAGCCACGCGCUCCAUCUCCAACGGCAUGCUGUCUGGCGCGGCGGACACGGCGGGCCGGCUGUCCAACCGGGUCAAGGAGCUCGACCUCGAGAAGGAUCGCGUGCAGCAGACGCUCCGGGUCGUCGAGCAGGUGGCGGAGCUCAAGGCCUGCGUCCACGGCGUCGUGGGGUCCAUGGGCGCCCCGCAAGACUGGGAGGCCGCCGCAGGGUAUAUAGCGCGGGCCUCCAAGGUCCCCGAGGCCAUCGUUCGCGGCGGCUUUGCUGCUAGUAUCGUGCCCAGCGUCGAGGUGCCCGAUGCGCCGUGGGUCACGCUGGAGGACGCAAAGGAGAGCUUGUGCGGACUGUUCCUGAGGGAGUUCGAAAAGGCGGCGGGCGAGGGCGACGGGGCAAAGGUUACGCGGUUCUUCAAGCUGUUCCCUCUGAUCGGUAGGGGAGACACAGGCCUUGAGGUAUACGGACGAUAUGUCUGUCAAGGAGUGGCAGGUACCGCUAGGCAGACACUCAAGGAGGUUCCCGGUGGCCAAGGGCGGAAAGAUGGCUAUUUCUAUGCGAACGCGCUCACGAAACUCUUUGAACACAUUGCUCAGAUCGUAGAAGGCCAUGGUGGGUUGGUAGAACGACACUACGGCGCAGGCAAAAUGGUCAAAGUGAUCGAGAGGCUACAGAUGGAGGCUGAUGUUCAAGGUGGCAUCAUUCUCGACUCCUGGAGCGACGAAAGAGGCGUGGAUAGGAGGCUUACAGACGUCAAGAGCUAUCCUUUCUCCUUUCUUGUUCAAAGUUUUGUGCCUCCGGCUAAAGGCAUGGCUGGCACUCCUAGGAUGAACUCUCCCGCAGUAGGUGGUGGGACCAAUGCCAGGAGUAGUGAAGACGAAGGGGUGGACAUGAAAGAGGUUGAUGAGCUGCUUAGGGAGAUUGCCGUUAUGCUGGGCCGGUGGUCAUUAUAUUCCAGGUUCCUGGCAGGCAAAUGCAGAACUCCUGAUACAGCAGCCGAUGCGGCAUUGUCAUUACCCGAAGUACUCACCAACUCCAAUCUGGGCAAGAAAGUCUCCACCAAGCUUGGCACGCCAUAUCAAGUCAUGUCGACAUUCUUUUUCAGGAGGUCUGUAGAGAAGGCAUUCCAGUUAGACGAGUCACCAUCAGGCCUCUCACUGAGCUUGAACAAGGCCGUCGACGGCAACCCCCCUUACAUAAUAUCCGCAGUCGACGAUGUCAUGUACAUGGUCAGCACAGUUAUUGAGAGAUGUCUAUCUACCUCUCAGCGUGAGAUUGUCAGCUCUGUCGUACCCACCGUGAACAGAGUAUUAAGCGCUGAGUUCAUUGGUGUUAUUCAAAGAAGAAUGCAACACGACUGUUACCCGAAACCCGCCAUACAGGGUGGCUUUCCCCCGGAGGAUAAGAUUAUCGCUUUCAUCGUACUGAUCAACAGUCUCGAUGUGGCAAUCGAGUACCUGGAUCGAAUAAUAUCGCCCCGACUCGCCCUAUCGGACCAGUCCAAUGGCGCACCUCCCGCCAACCCUCUCGCUGCCUCGUUUCCCUUCGAACACGACAUCAACGUUGUCGUCAAUUCCCUCAAAGGCCUGAAUUCCAGCUUCUCACUAAAAGCCAACGAGCUUUGUACCGAAGGAGUUGCACAUCUGUUUUCCAACGUCGUGGAUAAGCGACUGAAACUUACCGUACAAGAGACCUUCCGUGAUGCGGACUACGCUCUGACAGAGGAAGAGCUGGCUGAGAUAGCGCUCCAGAACGAUGAAGAGGAGGAAGACAUGUUGGACCUCGUGCAGCGGCAGUUCGAGCGUGGCUGGAACGCGCUCGUGAAACCUAUCGAGCGCAUCAUGACGCCGAAGCCUUUUGCCUCUUUGAUGAACAGGAUUGCCAAGGAGCUCGCCAUCACUCUGGAGCGGAGGGUGUGGAGGUACGGUGGCAAGGCGAAUGCCUAUGGUGCCAUAAGGAUGGAGAGGGACUUUUCUGGCAUCAUCAGCAUUGUGGCGAAAGGCAACUACAGCAUGAGAGACCUGUUCAGCAGGGUGAGCCAGACACUCAUGGUCGCGAACAUGGAGGACGAUGAGUGGGACGAGCUCAUGGCGGAGGGUGAGGACGGCAUUGAAUGGGUACUGAGUGAUGAUGAGAUGCGGAGGGCUAGAAAUCUAGUCAGGGAUUAG